UUAAAAGUUGUUGCGUUAGAAGUGGGAAAGCAGUAUGUUAGCGGCAGCAGCUGUGGUGUCUUCAUCAUCUACCAGAAUCUUCUUUAAAAAUCUAUUUCUCAAGCCCUCUUCCUUCACCCUUCCACGCGCAUCCUCUCCCUCUGCUACCCGUUUUUCGAUCCGAUCAAUGGCUGACUCUGCUUUUAAGAAAGUUCAGAUUCAGAGAGAAGACACUGCUUUUGAUGCAUAUGUGGUUGGCAAAGAAGAUGCACCUGGAAUUGUUGUUCUUCAGGAAUGGUGGGGUGUGGAUUUUGAGAUAAAAAAUCAUGCCGUGAAGAUCUCUCAACUGGGCUCGGGAUUCAAAGCUCUUAUUCCAGAUUUGUAUCGAGGAAAGGUGAGUCUGGAUGUUGCAGAAGCACAACACCUAAUGGAUGGUCUUGACUGGCAAGGUGCUGUCAAGGAUAUCCAUGCUUCGGUUAACUGGCUUAAAGCUAAUGGCUCAAAGAAGGCUGGAGUGACUGGGUUUUGCAUGGGGGGUGCUCUCUCUAUUGCAAGUUCUGUUUUAGUUCCUGAAGUUGAUGCUGUUGUUGCCUUUUAUGGGGUUCCUUCACCUCAACUUGCAGACCCUGCCCAGGCCAAGGCCCCUGUUCAAGCUCAUUUUGGUGAACUUGAUAACUAUGUUGGAUUUUCAGAUGUGACGGCUGCAAAGGCUUUGGAGGAAAAACUGAAAGCAUCAGGGACUCCAUUUGAGGUACAUAUUUAUCCAGGCAAUGCACAUGCCUUUAUGAACAGGUCCCCAGAAGGUAUAAAGAGGAGGAAGGGCAUGGGAAUGCCUGAUGAGGAUGAAGCUGCAGUCCAGCUGGCCUGGUCUCGCUUCCAGUCAUGGAUGACUCGUUUCUUGUCAUCUUAAUCUACUGUGGUACUUUAUUAUGUCGUGUGCUUCAUGUUGAUAAUAUAAAUAUAAUAUGAAUGUCUGGAAUAUGCUGCCAUAUAUACUGAGACAGAGGAUUGGUUGGAAGACAGCUUUCAAAACCAAUCUGGGUGUCUAAAAUAAUCGUAAUGUUUGCUUUUUUUUUUGCUUCUCUUUUUCAUAUUUGGUUUGGCUGGUUUAUCUUAUGUUUGACCUUGGAUUUGUCAUCCUUUUUAUCUAGGUUGUACUAUUUGGCUGCAAA